AUGGAGGAGCCGGUCAAGAAAAUGCAUUUGAGAGAGUGGCUGAUAGCGCAGAUAGACAGCGGAAAGUAUGCAGGACUCACCUGGGAGAACGAAGACAAAACGAUGUUCAGGAUCCCAUGGAAACAUGCGGCUAAACAUGACUAUAGUCUGAACGAAGAUGCAGCACUAUUCAAGGUUAGAAUGUAUAUUGUUUCUAUAAACCUUUUUACACAAGAUUGUGUACAACAUGGUCAAACAGAGACCCCUCAAGAGCCAUGUAAUACCAACAUAUUUAGGUGUCAAGGUAUUGUUGAGGAUACAGUGGCAAGCAAUACAUUGUGUCAAGUCCAAUUUAACUCAAUAGAUUGAUCAAUGUAAUUGAUAUAGACCUAAUUAAUGCAUUGAUUUGGAUGUCCAUGUGCAUAUCAGUGCAUAUGUUGCUCUUCCUCUAUUUUUUUAUUUUUUAUUUUUCACCUUUAUUUAACCAGAUAAGCCAGUUGUGAACAAGUUCUCAUUUACAAUUGCGACCUGGCCAAGAUAAAGCAAAGCAGUGCGAUAAAAACAACAACACAGAGUUACAUAUGGGGUAAACAAAACAUAAAGUCAAGAAUACAACAGAAAAUAUAUAUACAGUGUGUGCGAAUGUAGUAAGUUAUGGAGGUAAGCCAAUAAAUAAAUAGGCCAUAGUGCAAAAAUAGUUACAAUUUCGUAAUUAACACUGGAAUGAUAGAUGUGCAAAAGAUGAUGUGCAAAUAGAGAUACUGGGGUGCAAAUUAGCAAAAUAAAUAACAAUAUGGGGAUGAGGUAGUUGGGUGGGCUAAUUUCAGAAUGGCUGUGUACAGGUGCAGUGAUCGGUAAGCUGCUCUGACAACUGACGCUUAAAGUUAGUGAGGGAGAAAAGAGUCUCCAGCUUCAGAGAUUUUUGCAGUUCGUUCUAGUCAUUGGCAGCAGAGAACUGAAAGGAAUGGCGGCCAAAGGAGGUGUUGGCUUUGGGGAUGACCAGUGAGAUAUACCUGCUGGAGCGCAGACUACGGGUGGGUGUUGCUAUGGUGACCAGUGAGCUAAGAUAAGACGGGGAUUUGCCUAGCAGUGAUUUAUAGAUGACCUGGAGCCAGUGGGUUUGGCUACGAAUAUGUAGUGAGGGCCAGCCAACAAGAGCGUACAGGUCACAAUGGUGGGUAGUAUAUGGGGCUUUGGUGACAAAACAGAUGGCACUGUGAUAGACUACAUCCAAUUUGCUGAGUAGAGUGUUUUUUUGUAAAUGACAUCGCCGAAGUCAAGGAUCGGUAGGAUAGUCAGUUUUACGAGGGCAUGUUUGGCAGCAUGAGUGAAGGAGGCUUUGUUGCGAAAUAGGAAGCCGAUUCUAGAUCUAACUUUUGAUUGGAGAUGCUGAAUGUGAGUCUGGAAGGAGAGUUUACAGUCUAACCAGACACCUAUGUAUUUGUAGUUGUCCACAUACUCUAGGUCAGACCCGCCGAGAGUAGUGAUUCUAGUCGGGUGGGCGGGUGCAAGCAGCGUUCGGUUGAAGAGCAUGCAUUUAGUUUUACUAGUGUUUAAGAGGAAGUUGGAGGCUACUGAAGGAGUGUUGUAUGGUGUUGAAGCUCAUUUGGAGGUUUGUUAACACAGUGUCCAAUGAAGGGCCAGAUGUAUACAAAAUGGUGUCAUCUGCAUAGAGGUGGAUCUGAGAGUCACCAGCAGCAAGAGCGACAUCAUUGAUAUACACAGAGAAUAGAGUCGGCCCGAGAAUUGUACCCUGCGGCACCCCCAUAGAGACGGCCAGAGGUCCAGACAACAGGCCCUCCGAUUUGACACAUUGAACUCUAUCUGAGAAGUAGUUGGUGAACCAGGCGAGGCAGUCAUUUGAGAAACCAAGGCUAUUUAGUCUGCCAAUAAGAAUGCGGUGGUUGACAGAGUCGAAAGCCUUGGCCAUGUCGAUGAAGACGGCUGCGCAGUACUGUCUUUUAUCGAUCAUGGUUAUAAUAUCGUUUAGGACCUUGAGCAUGGCUGAGGUGCACCCAUGACCAGCUCGGAAACCGGAUUGCAUAGCGGAGAAGGUACGGUGGGAUUCGAAAUGGUCGGUGAUCUGUUUGUUAACUUGGCUUUCAAAUACUUUCGAAAGGCAGGGCAGGAUGGAUAUAGGUCUGUAACAGUUUGGAUCUAGAGUGUCACCCCCUUUGAAGAGGGGGAUGACCGCGUCAGCUUUCCAAUCUCUGGGGAUCUCAGACGUUACGAAGGAGAGGUUGAACAGGCUAGUAAUAGGGGUUGCGACAAUUUUGGUGGCUAAUUUUAGAAAGAAAGGGUCCAGAUUGUCUAGCCCAGCUGAUUUGUAGGGGUCCAGAUUUUUCAGCUCUUUCAGAACAUCAGCUGUCUGAAUUUGUGUGAAGGACAAGCGGGGGGGGGGGGGGGGGGGGGGGGGGGGGCAUGGGCAAGUUGCAGCGGAGGGUGCAGAGCUGGUGGCCGUGGUAGCCAGGUGGAAAGCAUGGACAGCCGUAGCAAAAUGCUUGUUGAAAUUCUCGAUUAUUGUAGAUUUAUCAGUGGAGGAGGUGCUCUUAUUUUCCAUGGACUUUACAGUGGCCCAAAACGUUUUGGAGUUAGUGCUACAGGAUGCAAAUUUCUGUUUGAAAAAGCUAGCCUUUGCUUUCCUAACUGAUUGUGUAUAUUGGUUCCUGACUUCCCUGAAAAGUUGCAUAUCGCGGGGGCUGUUCGAUGCUAAUGCAGUACGCCACAGGAUGUUUUUGUGCUGGUCAAGGGCAGUCAAGUCUGAGGAGAACAAGGGGCUAUAUCUGUUCUUAGUUCUGAAUUUUUUGAAUGGGGCAUGCUUAUUUAAGAUUGAGAGGAAAGCACUUUUAAAGAACAACCAGGCAUCCUCUACUGACGGAAUGAGGUCAAUAUCCAUCCAGGAUACCUGGGCCAGGUCAAUUAGAAAGGCCUGUUCGCUAAAGUGUUUUAGGGAGCGUUUGACAGUGAUGAGGGGUGUUCGUUUGACCGCGGACCCAUUACGGACGCAGGCAAUAAGGCAGUGAUCGCUGAGAUCCUGGUUGAAGACAGCAGAGGUGUAUUUAGAGGGUAAAUUUGUCAGGAGUAUAUCUAUGAGGGUGCCCAUGUUUACAGAUUUGGGGUUGUACCUGGUAGGUUUGUUGAUAAUUUGUGUGAGAUUGAGGGCAUCCUCUGUAGCUCAGCUGGUAGAGCACGGCGCUUGUAACGCCAAGGUAGUGGGUUCGAUCCCCGGGACCACCCAUACACAAAAAUGUAUGCACGCAUGACUGUAAGUCGCUUUGGAUAAAAGCGUCUGCUAAAUGGCAUAUUAUUUAUUUAUUAUUUUAAAUUGUAGGUUGGCCGGGGUGUUAAGCAUAUCCCAGUUUAGGUCACCGAGCAGUACGAACUCUGAGGAUAGAUGGGGGGCAAUCAGUUCACAUAUGGUGUCCAGGGCACAGCUAUGUUCAUCAGCCAUAAACGUACUCUGUGUUUCUCUUUUGGCACUCAUAUCCUUCUUUUUAUGUGUUUGUGUAUGUGUGUGUGUGUGUGUGUUUAUGUGUGUGUUUCCCCUUACCAGGCGUGGGCAGUGUAUAAGGGGAAGUAUUGGGAGGGGAGGGACAAGGCAGAUCCCACCACCUGGAAAACUCGUCUCCGCUGUGCCCUCAACAAGAGCACAGACUUCAUGGAGGUCCCAGAGCGCAGCCAGUUAGACGUAUCCGAGCCCUACAAGGUCUACCACAUUCAGGCAGAGCCAGAGACAGGCAGAGACUCAGGUACCAGUAGCUGCAAUUUCCAGUCUCCUCAUGAAGCUCUAGUCUAGAGAGCUCAGAGCCCUUUAUGGGUUAAAAGUGUGAUUAUUUACUCUCUAUUACGCCUUCUCUCUCUCAGAAUCUCCUCAGACUGAGAGUCCUCAGACCAGCCACUCCAGUGCUCCCCUGAGGAACACCGUCACACACUAUCCACAGGUAACAUGGCAGGUUUUCUCUUCAAUGAUGUGUGGCAGAUGUAUAGUUGCUGCCAUCUAGAGGACAAUGGUUGCAACAACUCUACAUUUACAUAGGAAUCAAGUGUUGCACAUUUGCACUGAAUGUUCUGUAAAUCAGAUGAUUUGCUGUAAAUAUGUGUGUCCCCUCAGUUUGGCUGCCAUAGGGAAUCAGAGGUCAGGGAUAGAAGAGUCAACUCCAGCGGUCAGUAUCAGCCUCCAUGCACUUGUGACUGGUAGCUGAAUAACUGAACAAUGUUGAGUCAGAUAUAUUUGUGUGUGUGUUCUCUCCCAUCUAGAGGGCUUGGAAGGGGACCAUGUGUACUACUGGUCCAACACAGGGACUCCCCAGAGGGACAGCUCUGCUCCUCUCUCCAUAGUCGGCCCUACACCACAGAUCUCUGGUAAGACAACCCAUACACUGCAGGGUCAUUCAAACUAGAGCCUGGAGGGUCGCAGUAGUGCUGGCAUAGCCGCAGGAAGUAGGGGUGCUGAGGGUACUGCAGCCCCCCUGAAAAAUCGGAAUAGAAAAAUACUACUUCCCGCGGUUUUCUCUUCUACCUGGGUGGUUGAUGCUUGAUUGAUUAAUUAGUGUGUGUGUGUGUUUGUUUGCGUCUGUGUGUGUGUGUGUCCAGACUUGCGUGUGCGGGUGUGUCUGUUCUACCAGGGCCAGCUGGUUGUGGAUGUAACCACCAGCACCCCAGACGGCUGUUUCCUCCUGCAGGGACAGGUCCCCCUGGGGAACGAGAGGAUCUAUGGACCCUGCACAGCCCAACAGGUCCCCUUCCCCCCUCCAGGGGUCAUCCCCCUGCCCCUGGGCAUCGCUGAGGCCAUGGGCCGCCUGCUGCCCCACCUGGAGAGGGGCGUCCUGGUGUGGGUGGCUCCAGAUGGGGUGUUUAUCAAGAGGUUCUGCCAGGGCAGGGUGUACUGGAGUGGCCCUCUGGCCCAACACGCAGACAGGCCCAACAAACUGGACAGGGAGAGGACCUGCAAGCUGCUGGACACACCUAUAUUUCUGAAGGGUAGGGUCUUUACUAAAGCAACUUUUGUGUAGCAAACAGAUGUGACAUGGUGAGAUGGUGAACCUAGUUCCCUAUCCAUUCCUCUCAUAUUCUCGCUCUCCAUUUCUCCAUCCCUCCCCUUCUGUCCCUCCAUCCCUCUCCUUAUCUCUCUCUCUAUCCCUCCCCUUCUGUACCUCCAUCCCUCUCCUUAUCUCUCUCUAUCCCUCCCCUUCUGUCCCUCCAUCCCUCUCCUUAUCUGUCUCUCUAUCCCUCCCCUUCUGUACCUCCAUCCCUCUCCUUAUCUCUCUCUCCAUCCCUCCCCUUCUGUACCUCCAUCCCUCUCCUUCUCUCUCUCUAUCCCUCCCCUUCUGUACCUCCAUCCCUCUCCUUAUCUCUCUCUAUCCCUCCCCUUCUGUCCCUCCAUCCAUCUCCUUCUCUCUCUCUAUCCCUCCCCUUCUGUCGCUCCAUCCCCUCCUUAUCUCUCUCCACAGAGCUCCAGGACUAUAUCCAGGGGGCGGGACCCAAACCUCGCUAUGAAAUUGACCUCUGCUUUGGAGAGGAGUUUCCCGACGCCAGCCAACCGAAAACCAGGAAGCUGAUCAUUGCACAGGUGGCUAAUGGGGGGGGGGGGUCAGGAGUCACUGUGGAUUAGGGAAUUCCUGUGCUACAUACAGCAACUGAACCUUUACUGAACCUUACGCAGUACAGUAUGUUGAUUUUGAAAUGACGUUUUAGUCUAUACAUUGUUAUUAUAUUGUUAUAUAGUAUUAAUAUGAAAAAAACAUAACAUUUGGAACGUUUUUCACUCUAUCAAUCCAGGUAUUUCCUUGCCAGUCGAGCAGCAAAUAGCAGGUAUUCCAGCUACCAUCAGAGGUCCUCGUAGUCAUAGUCAGUGACACUGUCUUCCUGUCUGGUGUGCAGGUGGUGCCCCUGUUUGCUGUCAACCUACUGCAUAGAUGCCAGACUGUGGAGACAGAGGGGAGACCACGCCUUCACACACACAACACCAUGGGGGAAGAGGAAGAGGGUCAGCCACACCCACUGCCCCAGCGGUGAGGAGCCCAGGACCCCCUCUGAGUAACCCCUGGGGAACAUCACCUGUCCCCCCUGGCGCCCCCCUCCUGUCCCAGCCUAGCCAGCCAUGAUGAGGGGUGAGUGGAGACUCGAGACACCCAAAGAGGGUCAGGGUAGGCUUAGUGCAUGCCCUGUAGACAGCAUCAUAUGCCUCAACCUUAAGAGCACAGUGAACAAGAUAAUACGACACAGAUAGGGGCAAGUAUGCUUGGAACAGAUAUUUCUCACAUAGUUUUCUUAAAGAUAAUCUGCAGUUGCUACAUCCAUAAAAGAAAUAGAGAAAAAAGUAUGAUAUGUACCCAAUGAUUAUUGAAGAAUAUAACUUAUAAAUGC